CCCAGGGGCCCGCAGGAAAUAGGGGCGGGCCGGGGCCUAGCGUGGCGGGGGGAGGAGCAGGGAUGCCUUGGAGGCCAGAGUCUUGGAGGGCCUGGCUGCGGGGGAAUGAAGCCUCCGCCUUCUGGGGCAGAAUCCUUUAAAUACGGGCUCGGGCCCGGAACUCUGGGUGCAGUGCUUGGCUGCCUGAGAGAGGGGUGUGCGCGGUGAGGGGAGGUCCGGCGGAGCAGGGCGAGAGUGCAGGAACUGCUGCAGCACGGCCCGUUGCGAGGAGCUGUCCGAGCAGUCGGGGUAGGAGCGGCCGCUGCGCUUGGUGCCUGCGAGUGGUCUUACUGCUUCCCUUCUAGUUUAAUCAUGUUUGAAAUUAAGAAGAUCUGUUGCAUUGGUGCGGGCUAUGUUGGAGGACCUACGUGUAGUGUCAUUGCUCAUAUGUGCCCUGAAAUCAGGGUAACAGUUGUUGACGUCAAUGAAUCAAGAAUCAAUGCAUGGAACUCUUCUACCCUCCCUAUUUAUGAGCCAGGACUAAAAGAAGUGGUAGAAUCCUGUCGAGGAAAAAAUCUGUUUUUUUCUACCAAUAUUGAUGAUGCCAUUAAAGAAGCUGAUCUUGUAUUUAUUUCUGUGAACACUCCAACAAAAACCUACGGAAUGGGGAAAGGUCGCGCGGCAGACCUGAAGUAUAUCGAGGCUUGUGCCAGACGCAUUGUGCAAAACUCACACGGGUACAAAAUUGUGACGGAGAAAAGCACAGUUCCAGUGCGAGCAGCAGAAAGUAUUCGUCGAAUAUUUGAUGCAAACACAAAACCCAACUUGAAUUUACAGGUGCUGUCCAACCCUGAGUUCUUAGCGGAAGGAACGGCCAUCAAGGACCUGAAGAACCCGGACAGAGUGCUGAUUGGAGGGGAUGAAACCCCUGAGGGCCAGAAGGCCGUGCAGGCACUGUGUGCUGUGUACGAGCACUGGGUUCCUAGAGAAAAGAUCCUCACCACUAAUACUUGGUCUUCAGAACUUUCCAAACUGGCAGCAAAUGCUUUUCUUGCCCAGAGGAUCAGCAGCAUUAACUCCAUUAGCGCCCUCUGUGAAGCCACAGGGGCUGAUGUAGAAGAAGUGGCAACAGCCAUUGGAAUGGACCAGAGAAUUGGAAAUAAGUUUCUGAAAGCCAGUGUUGGUUUUGGUGGAAGCUGCUUUCAGAAAGAUGUUCUGAAUUUGGUUUAUCUCUGCGAGGCUCUGAAUUUGCCUGAAGUAGCACGUUAUUGGCAGCAGGUUAUAGAUAUGAAUGACUACCAGAGAAGGAGGUUUGCUUCCCGGAUUAUAGACAGUUUGUUUAAUACCGUAACUGAUAAGAAGAUAGCUAUUUUGGGAUUUGCAUUCAAAAAGGACACCGGUGAUACGAGAGAAUCUUCUAGUAUAUAUAUCAGCAAAUAUUUGAUGGAUGAAGGUGCACACCUCCAUAUAUAUGAUCCCAAAGUACCAAGGGAACAAAUAGUUGUGGAUCUUUCUCACCCAGGAGUUUCCCAGGAUGACCAAGUGUCCCGGCUUGUGACCAUUUCCAAGGACCCAUACGAAGCAUGUGAUGGCGCCCAUGCUGUGGUUAUUUGCACAGAGUGGGACAUGUUUAAGGAACUGGAUUAUGAGCGUAUUCAUAAGAAAAUGCUGAAGCCAGCCUUUAUCUUUGAUGGGCGGCGUGUCUUGGACGGGCUCCACAAUGAGCUACAAACCAUUGGCUUCCAGAUUGAAACAAUUGGAAAAAAAGUGUCUUCAAAGAGAAUUCCAUAUGCUCCUUCUGGGGAAAUUCCAAAGUUCAGUCUUCAGGAUCCACCGAACAAGAAACCCAGAGUGUAAACAUUGCCAUUUUUAUUUAUAAUUUUUUUGGUACUUUAGGAUAGCAGAUAUCUACCUGAUAUUAAAUGGUAAACGAACAAAGUGUUUUUAAGGAAAUAAGCUAUUUUUUUAAUAAUCAAAUUUAUAUUAGCUGUAUGAGAAUUAGCGUAUCUGGUAUUAUGAAUCUAGAAUAUUUUUUACAUAUUUUUAUAAUGUUGUUACUUAAGUGAUUGGAUGAGUGGUAAAUAAUCAUGUCGGUUUUAAUGGUGUCGAUUUUUGUAAAAUAAAAAUUAAACUUGAAACACUUUUUACUUUGCAAAAUGUCCAUAGGCAGCACUUUUAAUAUCACAUUAUAAGGGAAAAGGCACUCUUCGGUUUUUCUGAUCAUUGGUUUAUUUACUUGUCAUUAAAUAUGUAUUUUAAAUCAUGAGAUUGCUGUCCUAAAUAUUGGGCUCAACCUGCUACUCUUUCAAAAAGUGUCCUGGAGACUUAGAGAUUUCCAGCUUAACUGGGUAAGGCAUUUGCCAAGCCGUUUCCUGUCUCUCUGAACUUGGAAGGAGGAUGCAGCGGGCAGCAUGGGGCCUUGUGUGCUUUUCUUUUUUUUCUUUUUUUCCUUUGGAUGUGCUCGAAAUAUUUUCCCUCUGCUUCCAUGUUACUAGUGACACUACAAGUUUGGUUUGGGUAAUGUUCCUUUGCUCCUUUUGUUUUAAGGAGCUGUGUUGUUUUUUUUUUACCCCCAGAAGAUCAUCACUGCUCAAUUCCAAUCAAUUCGAAUAAGACUAAAAGGCAAUUUUCUUUUUAACAUGAAGAGAAUAUCAGUAUUGGUCUAGUUUAGUCUUUUUUUUUUU